GUCAGAGCGCAGCGGAGUCCGGCAGCAGCAGCAGAGACACCGAGGAUCAGCACCGAGGAGCAGAGUGGAGCUGUACCGGCUCUACCGGGUAGCUCCUCUCUGUGGGACAUAACGGAGUCCUGACGUCACUCAGCAUGAAGAAGAGCUCCGGGACGCGGGGGGCUCUGGACUCGGCGCCGCAGCACCUUCAGCCCGAUAAGGUCGGCUGGAUCCGGAAGUUCUGCGGGAAAGGGAUCUUCAGAGAGAUCUGGAAGAACCGCUUCGUGGUUCUGAGGGGAAAUCAGCUGUUCGUCUGUGAGAAGGAGGUGAAGGACUUGGGCCGGGCUGACGAGGUGUUGGAUCUGUCGGACUACGAGCGCUGUGAGGAGAUCAGGAAGAACAAGAGUCGAAGCAAAAAGAACCACAGCAAGUUCAGACUGCAGCGCUGCAGCUCACCGGGGAACACGGUUCCUAACCUGGUCUUCCUGGCCGUCAGUCCAGAGGAGAAAGAGUCCUGGAUCAACGUCCUGAACGCCGCCAUCACACGGGCCAAAAACAGAAUCCUGGAUGAGGUGACAGUAGAAGACUCUCAGUUGUCUCAUCUGACUCGAGAUCGGGUGAAGAUUCCUCACAACCGACGGCUGCCCACCAGAGGUCACCUGCUGACUGUGGCCUCCACCUCCUCCUCAGACGGGAUGCUGACUCUGGAUCUGAUCCAGGAGGAAGACGCUCCGUCUCCUCGGGGAGCCGACGGCUGCGACAGGUUCAUGGUCGACUCGGACAAAACGGCGUCGCACCUCAGCCCGGACUGCCCCAGGUCCAAAACUGAUGGCGCUCUGUCCGCCAAAACCGGCGAAACUUCUGGGAAAUCACAGAGCCUUCCCCGGGAGGUGGCGGUGGUGUGGGAGAAGUCGGGCCAAACCCCCCAGCCGGGGAAACGCCUGACGCCGGCGGAGAAAAACCGCUGCGCCUCCAUGGACGAGAUCCUGACGCACUCAGAGACUAAAGUCGCUAAGAACAAGACGCCGGCGGCGGCGGCGACCCGUUUACCGGCAUCGGCGCUGAGCGGAACCGUGGCGUCCGUCAGCCAACUGCAGGAGCUGAUCAGCCAGAAACUGGAGAAGACGGAGCGUCUGCUGACGGAGGCUCGGGGGGAGGCGGAGGGGGAGGCCAGGGAGCAUGGGAGGAUGAAGGGGAAGGAGUCGACUGAAGCUGAGAGACUCCUGAAGGAGGCCGCGUCAACGUGGAGUCAGGCCCAGGAGGUGCUGGAGGAGGUGAAGGAGCUGAGGGCGUUGUACCGACAACUGGACUCCUCCUCCUCCAACAGCACCAAACUAAACCCAGACCGGAAGAGCCUCAUGUGAGCCGCUCAGUCCGGACCCCCUCUGGUCCGAACCGGUCCGGAACGGUCCGGUCAAGGAAAGACAAGAAGCUGAACUUCUGCUUUUAGGACUUCAGACAAAGCUGCUGAGAACUGGAUCAACCACUUUUAAAUUAUUAGGAAACAUUCAGGUUCGGAUUUCCGGCGGUCGGAUACGGAUCAGAGCCGAGAGAACAUCGUCCUCACAGAAAGUUUGUAGCAUAAAUUAUACUCAAGUCACGUCCUUAAACACUUCACCCGGCUUUGGAAAUUCCUUAAAGUCUCUUUUAGGUUGCACAAACACUUGAGGUACUUGAAAGUAAAAUAAUGUGCCAAGAUGAAGACGAAGAGUUCAGAGACGAAGAGUUCAGAGACGAGAGUUCGACGGGACAAAAUCCUCCCUUUGAACCUUUAUAUUUUGGUUUUUAUGAAUAUUCGUGUAGCGUCAUGUUGGAGACGUGUUGUUGCGUCUCUGUUUUAACUAGAUGGAGUUUUAUUUCGGCUGGACAUGAAGAUGAAACAGCUGCCGGUACGAAUGCAGGUCAAUAUUGUUUGAAGGAGUGUUUUUGAAUCCUGUGGAGGUCGAAGGUGACGAGCCGGAGGACUCACGUCAAAGACUGAGACUUUAAAACCUACUAAGAUGAAGUCCUCUUCCAUUUGGACUCCUUCAGCUGGUUCUGGUUAUUGUUCAGGUCCACCUGAGGAUCGGCUAAACAAGACACAGAACCUUUUCAGAUACGAGUUCUUGGACCUUUAAUGACCUCCAGACGGUGACAAACGGAUACUAUGCACGACUGAAGAACCAGCAACACGAGCCAGUUCACCUCAGACUCUUCUUCUUCCUCUUCUUCUUCCUCUUCUUCUUCUUCUUUUUGUUCCUGAAUGUAAAUGUUCUCCGAGACUCUAGAGGAAACGUUUGACUGGGAACUAGACUGAUGUUUGAAUCCAAACCCUCCUAAUCCUGAAAACACCUGAAACAUACUUGAUCAGACCCCAAAUCACCAGAUACAGAUCAGGACCAGCUGCACUCUAAACAAGCAGCUAAAAAAGCUAACGAAGCUAACGACUACAGAUAAACUAAGUCUAAAACUAAAAAAGUUGAUCUGAAACUUUGAUUAAGUCACAAUAUUCAAAUAGAAUGAAAACAAUCAAAAGGUUGAAAAACAACUCGCUAACAUGUGAGCUGUGCAAGAACAAGGGAAAGUUAUGCUAAUGUUAGCUAGCUAGCUACUUAAAGCCAACUCAUCAUGUACAAAUUGGUAGUUUGCGGUGAACCUAACGUUAACUAGCUGACAUUGACAAGCUAAUGUAGCAGCUAACAAAGCUAACAACUACAGAGAAACUAAAUCUUUACGAAAAAAAGUCACAAUCAAAAGGUAAAAAAAAAAGUUAGCUGUGCAACAACAAGGGACAGUUAUGCUAAUGUUAGCUAGCUAGCUUAUUUCAGCCGACUCAUCAUGUACAUCAUGUAGUUGGGGACUGAAAGCUGUUUUCAAUCAUUCUCAACACCCUGAACCUCUGUAGCUGAUGAACUUAACACGCUAACUAGCUUACUCUGACUAGCUAAUGCUAACUUAGCAGCUAACAAAGCUAACAACCAUAGAGAAACUAAAUCUAAUAAAUGAGCAAGCUAACAUUAACUAGCUGAAAUUGGCUAGCUAAUGCUAAUGUGGCAUCUUAGCUACAGGAAACAAGGGUGCUGCUACCUCGUUGGUAUGCUAUGCAGUAGUUAAUAGCUAGCUAAGGUUUCACAAACGUCAGUGAACAUUCCUUGAGCUAAUGCGUAUGUUUGUACGGCUACAUCUACCUAUAAUUUUCACCAUCUAAUUAUUUUUUUAUCAUUAAACACAUCUGGACUUUAUUUAGCUAGCUAGCUAACACCAGAGGUCAGCGGAUAUUAAAAGAAAACCGAGCGCGUGUAAUGUGUAAAUGUGUUUUAAUACCGUUUGUUGAGUUUAAUCACAUCAAUGUCUGCAAAAUGGGAAAAACUGAAAAACCUUGACUUUUAUGUUUAACAUUUAAUCCAUAUUUCAGCGUCCUAAAGUCCUGAUUCUGUCAAGAAGAACAACGAAACUCGCCGUAGGAACUAAAAACUCGAUGAAAUUAACUAGAACAGUGAUUAAAGGAAGGUUUUACUGCUCAGAGGCACGUCGGCAGGUCAAAUGAGACGUCUUAAUACAAUCAGAAGUGAACUCACAAAGAAGCUGCUUUCUGCCCGACAACAGGUCCCAAUCAAGAAAUCAUUUAUUCGUUUGUAUAAUGAUCUUAUUUUACUUUCAUUUCUUUCUCAUGGAUUUUCGAAUACAACAUGUACACAACUGUUACUGCUAAUAAUCAUUUAAAUACGUUCAAAUAUCACAGAGAUGCUGUUCAGCUCAGUCAAAGGUCACUUUCACUCUUUGAGGUGUUUUGAGAAUCAAACGGUUUAUUUUCAAUCUGCAGAAGUUUAUUUUUGUAAAGAAACAUUCAGACUUUUGUACUUUUACAACUUCCUGCUGUCUGUCUGGUUUCUGUUGUGUGAUGGAAGCAAUAAAAUUAAUUCUUCCUCUGGUUCCUCAGAUUCAACGACGAACGUUUUAACUUUGUUAUAAAAGAAAUGAAGGAACAGAAGGUUCUAGUUAAAGUGAGUAAAGAAGCUUAAAUGACUCCGGGUUCUUUAUUCUUCCACUAAACGUGGAAGAACUCGUCUCCGGUUUGAGUUAAAGCUUUGACCUCCAGUUAAAUAGAAAUGUUUAAAAACAGCUUUGCAAAAGUUUAAUGAGGACGAAGAUCAGUUCAGUGAUGAAGCUCUGAAUGUAAACAGAUUGUUGUUCAAGUCUUUUCAUUUUGAUGUUGUUAGUGAAUUAGCUUUUUAUUCUAACUGGGACUUAAAUCAUUCUGGCACAAAUGGAAGUUGAAAUAGUUUGUUGUAAACAUGAUUAUUGUUCACAGACGGGUACGACUUUUAAAAUUAAAUCUCAAACAUGUUAAUAUAGAAAACUAUGCGAGUAAAAUGAAAAUGGACAUUUGAUUGUUGCACUUUAAUUUGACUUUUUACUCAUAAAACACAAACAAAUGUGUGACAUCAUGAAUCUACUGUGGAAUCACAUGACCAGCUUAAUGAUGUCCUCUGUGGGCUUCCAUACAGAACUCAGAAACAUGUUUUCACUGUUCCUUUAAUCGUCUUCCCUUUCUGCUGAUCUUCCCUGUUUGUUUCUGUGGCACCAGGAGGGCAUGAUGGGAGAUGUAGUCUGGCAGUGAUGUGAAGCUGAUCGGCUCAUGUGCUAAAAAUAAAAACAU